CAGACACUGCAGGGACAUGUGGUUCUCUUUAGCCCCUUGACCUCUGUCCCCUAACCAGGUAUGGGCCCUGUCCACCUGAGUGAGGUGCGAUGCUCAGGUCGGGAAGCUUCCCUCUGGAGCUGCCCCUAUAAGAACAUCACUGCUGAGGACUGUUCCCAUGCCCAGGAUGCUGCUGUCCGCUGCAACGUGCCCUACACUGGGGUCGAGACGAUGAUUCGGCUAAGUGGGGGCCGUAGCCGUUAUGAGGGUCGAGUGGAGGUGCAGGUAGGGGGGCCAGGCUCCCCUCGCUGGGGCCUUAUCUGUGGGGAUGACUGGGGAACACUGGAAGCCAUGGUGGCCUGUCGGCAACUUGGCCUGGGCUACGCCAACCACGGCCUGCAGGAGACAUGGUACUGGGACUCCGGGAAUGUCACUGAUUUGGUACUGAGCGGAGUUCGCUGUACAGGUUCUGAGCUAUCCCUAGGAGAGUGUGCCCACCAUGGCACCCACAUCACCUGCAAGAGGACGGGCACACGCUUUGCUGCUGGUGUCAUCUGUUCUGAGACUGCAUCAGACUUGAUCCUACAUUCAGCACUGGUGCAAGAGACUGCUUACAUUGAGGACCGCCCCCUGCACAUGCUGUACUGCGCAGCCGAGGAAAACUGUCUGGCCCGCUCUGCCCGGUCAGCCAACUGGCCCUACGGCCACCGGCGACUACUGCGCUUCUCUUCUCAGAUCCAUAACCUUGGCCGAGCGGACUUCAGGCCCAAAGCUGGGCGGCACUCCUGGGUGUGGCAUGAAUGCCAUGGGCACUACCACAGCAUGGACAUCUUUACUCACUAUGACAUCCUGACACCUAAUGGCACCAAGGUGGCUGAGGGUCACAAGGCCAGUUUCUGUCUGGAAGACACUGAAUGUUACGAGGAUGUCUCCAAGCGGUAUGAGUGUGCCAACUUUGGGGAACAGGGCAUCACUGUGGGCUGCUGGGACCUUUACCGGCAUGACAUUGACUGCCAGUGGAUUGACAUCACAGAUGUGAAACCAGGAAACUAUAUCCUGCAGGUGGUCAUUAACCCCAACUAUGAAGUGGCUGAGAGCGACUUCACCAACAACGCAAUGAAAUGUAACUGCAAAUAUGACGGCCAUCGCAUCUGGGUGCACAACUGCCACAUUGGUGAUGCUUUCAGUGAAGAGGCUAACAGGAGAUUUGAACGGUACCCUGGCCAGGCCAACAACCAAAUUAUAUAAGGCCCCCGGUCCAUCUACUGCCUCAAUCCUUGGACCUCCCCACCCUCAGGGCACUACUGGAGUCAGACCUUGGCUUCAGCCAAACAGUUUGGCUCCUGGUCUAGGAAGGCGGAUUCCCCAGCCUACCACAACUGGACUGGAGCAGAGAGAGGAGCUCCUCACCAUGCACAUCAACAUC